AAGAAGAUGCAAGAUUAUGAUGAAGCGACUGCUUUUCUGGGAGAAUGGGGUCAUCAUCAAAUAACUAUUUUCUUUUUGCUCAGCAUCGGUAUAAUACCAAAUGGCUAUGUGGGUCUGUCUAUGGUGUUUCUGGCCGAUACCCCUCAGCACCACUGCCGUCUGUCUAACUCUUCAAACAUGACCUUUGAGGAAACCUCCUUCACAAAUCUGAGCUUAUUGCUGCCCAUGGUUGAUGAGCAAGUGUAUAGUAAAUGCACUAGAUUCAAAACCCAGCUGCAAGAUGGUCUCAACGAUACAACACCUGAGACGGAAGGUUGUGUGGAUGGCUGGGUGUAUAGCAAGGACAGAUACAUCUCAACCAUUGUCAGUGAGUGGGAUCUAGUUUGUGAGAACAAUUGGAAAGGUCCCUUUACCAUGUCAGUGAUUUUUCUAGGAAUGACAAGUGGUGCAUUCGUCUCUGGACACAUUUCAGACAGGUAUGGGAGAAAAGUUGUUCUCUUUGGAGCUAUGAUAAUUCAAACGGCCUUGAGCUUCGUUCAAGUGAUCUCCUGGAGUUGGGAGGUGUUCUGCAUAUUGUGCUUUUUUAUUGGGUUUGGAGAUAUCUCAAAUUAUGUAGCUGCAUUUGUUCUUGGAACUGAACUCCUCGGCAAAGCUGAGAGGACUGCUUACUCGACACUUGGUGUUUGUAUGUUUUAUGCAGUAGGCUACAUUAUUCUGCCGGUCUUUGCAUAUUAUAUCCGGAAUUGGAGGAUGUUACUGCUAGCUUUGACCAUCCCAGAGGUUCUGUAUAUUCCUUUUUGGUGGCUUAUACCUGAGUCUCCAAGAUGGCUGAUUGCUCAAGGUCAAGUGACUGAAGCAGAGAAAAUAGUGCAAGGCUUUGCUAAGAAAAAUGGCAUCACCCAUGUUGGGGUGGUAUUUCAGCAAGUCGAUACCAAAGAAUAUACGCUUCUGAGUUCCACAGCUAGGCAAAAACAUCCACAUAAUUUCUUGGAUUUGGUUAGAACUUCAAAUAUACGGAAUAUCACAAUUCUAUCUUUCCUUGUGUGGAUGAUUACCUCCAUUGGGUACUUUGUUUUAACCCUGGGAACUCCCAACAUGCAUGGUGAUCCUUAUCUCAACUGUUUUAUUUCUGCAAUCAGUGAAAUUGUAGCGUACUCAGCUGCAUGGUGUAUGGUGAAGCAUGCACCUCGACGACUUGCGACUGCUACCAUGCUGAUCCUUGGUGGUGUCAUUCUGCUCUUCAUUCAAUUUAUUCCUCCGUCUGUUCAUAUUCUGACAACAGUCUUGGUGAUGAUUGGAAAAGCAGGUAUCACAAUAUCCUUCGCCAUUGUCUACGUUUUCUCUGCUGAGUUAUAUCCGACUGUGGUGAGAAACAUGGGGAUUGGCAUAUGUUCCAUGGCAUCCCGAGUUGGCAGCAUAAUCUCCCCGUAUUUUGUUUAUCUUGGAACGUAUAACAGGAUGUUGCCUUUCCUGCUUAUGGGCAGUUUCAUUUUAUUGGCAGGAAGUUUCUGUUUACUCCUACCUGAAACACGUGACCAACCUCUUCCUGAAAAUGUGCUGCAGGUACAGCCAGUCGGAUGCUCCUGCUGCCCUAUUGGUUUCCAUCAUUCUGCAGUUAGUUCUGCAAAGACAUCCACACCUGAGGAGGUGCAAGUUCAGAGCAGCAGUAUUUACUUCAUGCCUGGCAGCCAACUGGAUCAAGUUAAGGGUUGA